AUGAGGCUGCUGAAGACUGCAACGUGUAAUUUGAACCAAUGGGCUAUGGACUUCGAUUGCAAUUUGAAGAACAUCAAAGAGUCGAUAGCUGAGGCUAAAGAGGCUGGGGCUGUGAUUCGGCUUGGUCCUGAGCUUGAGAUUACUGGUUAUGGCUGCGAAGACCAUUUCCUCGAGCUCGAUACUGUUAAUCAUGCAUGGGAAUGCUUGAAAGAGCUCUUAGUUGGGGAUUGGACUGAUGGUAUAUUAUGCAGCUUCGGCAUGCCUGUGAUCAAAGGGUCAGAGCGUUACAAUUGUCAAAUUCUUUGUAUGAACAGAAAGAUUAUCAUGAUACGCCCAAAGAUGUGGCUUGCGAAUGAUGGAAAUUACAGGGAGCUUCGUUGGUUUACAGCAUGGAAACAAAGAGACCAACUUGUGAACUUUCAGUUGCCGAAGGAAAUUUCAGAGGCUUUGUCACAGGAUUCGGUGCCUUUUGGUUAUGGGUACAUUCAGUUUCUGGACACAGCUGUCGCGGCUGAAAUUUGUGAAGAGCUUUUUACUCCCACUCCUCCUCACGCCGAGCUUGCAUUGAAUGGGGUUGAAGUGUUUAUGAAUGCAAGUGGAAGUCAUCACCAACUAAGAAAGCUUGAUAUUCGUCUUCGUGCUUUUAUAGGUGCUACUCACACUCGUGGAGGGGUGUACAUGUACAGCAAUCACCAGGGGUGUGAUGGUGGUCGCCUAUACUAUGAUGGUUGCGCUUCUGUCGUUGUAAAUGGAGAUCUAGUUGCUCAAGGCUCACAAUUUUCGCUGAAGGAUGUUGAGGUUGUAAUUGCCCAAAUUGAUUUAGAAGCGGUUGCUAGUCUUAGAGGAUCUAUAAGUAGCUUCCAAGAGCAAGCAAGCUGCAAAACCAGGGUUCCUUUUGUGGAGGCGCGAUACAACCUUUGUCAGUCUUUUAAUCUAAAAAUGUGCCUUUCUAGUCCGCUAAAGAUUAAGUAUCACUCCCCUGAGGAGGAAAUAGCCUUUGGUCCUGGUUGCUGGUUAUGGGACUAUUUAAGAAGAAGUGGAGCUUCUGGUUUUCUGCUUCCCCUUUCUGGAGGAGCAGAUAGCUCCUCUGUAGCAGCUAUAGUUGGUUGCAUGUGCCAGCUUGUCGUAAAAGAAAUUGCAAAUGGGGAUGAACAAGUCAAAGCUGACGCGAUACGGAUUGGACAAUACAAGGAUGGCCAGUAUCCUACUGACAGCAGAGAAUUCGCAAAACGCAUAUUUUAUACUGUUUUCAUGGGAUCUGAAAACAGCUCUGAAGCGACAAAAUCAAGGGCAAAAGUUCUAGCAGAUGAAAUUGGAGCAUGGCAUCUUGACGUGUCCAUAGAUGGUGUCAUUUCCGCACUUCUGUCGUUGUUUCAAACUGUAACAGGAAAACGACCACUAUACAAAGUAGAUGGAGGAUCUAAUAGCGAGAACUUAGGUUUGCAAAACAUUCAAGCUCGAAUAAGAAUGGUGCUGGCUUUUAUGUUUGCGUCACUCCUACCUUGGGUUCAUAAUAAACCUGGGUUUUAUCUUGUUUUGGGUAGCUCCAAUGUGGACGAAGCAUUGCGUGGUUACCUCACCAAGUAUGACUGCAGCUCAGCAGAUAUAAAUCCUAUCGGAAGCAUUAGUAAGCAGGACCUUCGGACAUUUUUGCGAUGGGCUGCCACACAUCUUGGUUACGCGUCCUUGGCAGAAAUUGAAGCAGCUCCACCCACUGCUGAACUAGAGCCUAUACGUUCUGAUUAUAGUCAGCUGGAUGAAGUGGACAUGGGAAUGACAUAUGAGGAACUCUCAGUCUAUGGAAGGCUGCGGAAAAUUUUCCGCUGUGGUCCCAUAUCUAUGUUCAAGAACCUCUGCUACAGAUGGGGUGCAAAAUUGACUCCACAAGAGGUGGCUGACAAAGUGAAGCACUUUUUCAAGUACUACUCCAUUAAUCGACACAAAAUGACUGUAUUAACACCUUCGUAUCACGCUGAGAGUUAUUCGCCAGAGGAUAAUCGGUUCGACCUUCGCCAGUUUUUAUACAAUGCUAGAUGGCCAUACCAGUUCCGAAAGAUUGAUGAUCUUGUGCGUGAGUUAGAUGGUGACAGGGUUCAUUUAGGAGAAUCAAGUGAGCUAGACAAGUUGCGUGACGCUUCACAAGGUGGAGGUGGGAUGGGAGUUGUGGCAGCAGGCUCAGGCAAUCCAAAUGUUGGACUCUAG